AUGACGAGUUCGAAUAAAGUCCGACGUUAUCUACAACAUCAUAAACAACAGUAUACAGAAUCACAUAACAAUCAUCAAUCAGCUGCUGAUUUAUUAAUUAUUGAUCCAAUAACUGUUACGAAUAUGCGAAAAUUUCGUGGUCGAACUCAUCAACAACAACAACAGCAACAAUCAUCAUCAACAACAGUAACGAUACCACAAAUUUGUGUAAAUAAUGAAGAUGAUAUUAAUAAAUCUGAUGAUGAUGAUGCUGAUGAUGAUAUUAAUGGUCAUGUAGCUAUACUUGAUGAAUUUGAUCAAGUUUUAGAGAAUGAAUUAAAACGUGCAUCUGUUUUACGUACAUCAUCACUUAAACAAAAUGAAUCAAAUUCUCAAAUAGAUAUUCCAACAAAUCAACAACGAAGUUUUUCUUUUGCACUUAGUCCAUCAACAAAUUUAGAUAAUAAAAAACAAGAACAAGAAGAAGAAGCAGAUGAUAAUUAUGAUGAAUCAAUACACACACAAUCAUUAUCAUCUAAACCGACAAAAUUACCAGCAACAAUAAAAGCUAGCUUGUCAAAAGAGACAUUUUCACGUUUACUUCAUUCUCUUGCUUUUCGCUCAGGAAAUCAUUCAUCAUCAAAAACAACAAUGACAAUGACAGAUUCAUCAACACAACAUCAUCCAUGUUUAGCUUGUCAAAAUUAUCCUAAUCUAGAUUUACUUCCUAAACAUAGAAAACGUCCAUCAAUAUUUGGUGUUCUUGUAUCAAAACUUAAUACAACUUCAUCAAUAGCAACAUCAACUAUAAACGAAAAUAAUUCAAAUCGUUGUUCUGUAUGUAAACGACGUAUAUCAAAAUCAAUAUUUUAUAGUACAAUAUCAACAAAUAAUAAUAUUGAUGAAAAUAAACAACAACAUUUAUCACCACCACCACAACCAAUACAAAAUUUUUCAUCAGCAUCAUUAACAUCAUCAAAAAUACUUCAAGAUCAUGGACAAAUAUUAUUACGUACAAAACGACGUCGAAGUUUACCAUCAUUAUUUCAUAGUCUUUUUGAUUUUGAUCAUCAUGAUAAACAUCAAAUAGAUGAUAAUAAACAUAUACAACAUCGUCCAUCAUUUUCAUCUAUAUUAACUAGUACUUUAUUUGACAGUAUCACUCGUGAACAGCAACAACAGCCCCCACCACAACAACAACAACAACAACAACAAUCAAUUGCGAUUAUUAAACAAACAUCAUCAACAUCAUAUUCAUCUAUUUCAUUAUCAGAAUCUGAUUAUAGUGAAGAAAAUAGUAAUAAUAAAUCAUUUCGAAAACAAUCAAUAACUUAUGAUGAUUCAUCUCAAUUUCAAGUUCGAAUUGAUUCUGAUGAGAAUGAUGCCGAUAAAGAUGAAUUUGAUAAUGACAAUAGUCUUGAUAAAGAUGAUUUAAACACUAUGAAUAGUGACGAGUCAACAUAUGAAUUUAAUAAUAAUCAACUACUGCAUCCACCUGAAGAGAAGACACGAAGUUUAUUAGUCAAUGUAUUUCGCACUCGUCGAUCAAAUAUUACUUUGAAUUCGAAUGAAACAAAUAUGGCUGGUAAACAAUUUAGUGUUUCAGUUAUUAAUUUAGCAACAUCAUCAGUUAGUUCAAAUUCAAAUAAUUCAAAUUCUAUGACAAAUAAUGAUGCGACACUUAUAAAUCUUCUCGAUCAACGAAAGCAUGCUCUAUCUGAAGAAAAUUUACCAACAACGGAUGGAACAUAUAUUUAUUUUACUAAUGUUAAUGGACAAAAUUUUCGCGAACGACUUAAAUAUUCUGGUAUAUCUGAAAAUACAACAUUAAGAGAAAUAUUAUUAAAAUUAUUUGAAAAAUAUCAUCUCAGCAUUGAAACGUGUAAUAUUUGUCUAAGAAGUGCGCCCACUUUACCAUUGUCCUUGGAUCAACCAGUUAAACAUCUUCUAUUGGACGAUCUUGUCGUUACAGGAGUAACAUCAGCUGGUUCUCAUACACCUCUUGUAUCUCCUCUUCGUCGUUUAUCUAUAUGCCGACAAUUAUCUGAUGUAUUAAAAUAUCGUCGUAAAUCAUGUUGUUCAAAUAGUAGUGAUCAUUUACCAUAUAUUCCAUCACCAUCACCCACAUCAACAACAACAACAAAUUCUGCAUCAUCAACAUUUACAUUUGUUUGGAAUUGUGCUCUUACAGAAGUUGAUUCUCCACCUGGAUCAUCAUCUAAUGAAGAUUUGCAUGUUUUACCUGUUCAACAUCAACUACGAACCAGAAAAAAUGGCUUAUCCGAUGAUCCAAAUAUAAUAAAUACAAAAGAAAUAACUGGAUCCAUGGUUGCAGCUUGUUUGCUUAAGCAAAAGAGCGUCAGCUGUGAUGAUGUUGCAUUUCUAUCAUCUAGCGGUGAUGAACAGACAAUCUGUGCAAGUGGACCAUCAUCGGCUACAUCUGCUGCAAUAGCCUAUAAAGCGAAACAUAAUGAAAAAGAACAUGGCUUAUCAUCAUGUUCACAUAUGAAUAAUCGAGCACUUGCAAAAACAUCAGCUGGAAAAGAACGAAAUGAUAAAAGAAAUUCAACUGGUUCAGCCGUUUUAAUAACAACUUCAAAAUCGACAUCAGCUACAACAAAACGUUUAUCAAAUCAAUGCAUGGUGUCAGACAAUGAUGACGUAAUAUCCAAUAAUAGUAAUUAUAAUCAAGAAUUUAAAUCAGGAUAUCUACAACAACAACAUGUCAAAUCAAGCAAAACAACGCGUUCUGGUCUUUUUACAAGCAGCAUUUUUACUCGAGAUGCUAAUGAUUCCAAUAAUGAACGACCAGAAAGUAAUUUAGCAUUUGUUCGUCGUAAAUGUGACGAAUGGUUAGCACACGGUCUACCAAAAUUAGCUCAGUUACAAACUCAUCAAUUACAAAUUGAUGAACGUGAUUUAAAAAUUGAAAAAGAAUGGCAACCGUUUUUAAACGAACAAGCAAAAUCAUUCAUGUCCGAAUCGAUCAAACUUCAACAAGAAGCUAUCUAUGAAAUGCUUUCAACUGAAGUAUCUUAUAUACGUCAGAUUUUAACAAUGACUGAUAUAUUUAUGACAAGUGUUAUGAUAUUAAAAUCACAUCAGCGUGAUGGACUUCUUAAUGAUAUUGACAUGGAUAAGCUAUUUUCUAAUAUUCAAGAAGUACUUAAAGCUAAUUUAUCAUUUUGGAAAGAUAUUUUAUUACCAAUUAAAUUAAAACUUGAACAAACUGGUUGUGCAAUGAAUCCAUCAGAUUUUAAAAAUGGUUUUCUUAAAUUUGAUAUUUAUUUUCAAUCAUAUCUUCAUUAUGUACUCGAUCAAAAAACAAGUGCAGAAUAUUUUAAACAAAAAUUUGCGAAAGAUGAUCUAUUUCAAUAUCUAAUUACAUGGAUUGAAGCUAAUUUUACUAACCGUUUGUCAUUUCCUGAUCUAACAAUCAAACCAUUACAGAGACUUACACAAUAUAAAUUAUUACUUGAAGCAAUACAGAAACGAACACAUGAUAAUCAACAACGAAAUGAUCUACAAGAAAUGAUUCAAAAAGUAGCCACUUUUGUUAAUCGAGUCAAUUCAAAAUUACAUAGUCAAGAACAAGAAGAACGUGUGCGUCAGAUAAGUGAUCGUAUUGGUCCAUAUGAAAAUGUUUCAGCACCGCCUGAAAUCACUUCCAUACUCCAAGAAUAUUAUCGUGAUUCAUUUUCUCAUCGAUUGGAUCUUCUUCGUGAUAUGCCAUUAUUUGUACGAGGCUAUCGUCGUCAGAUUAUUCAACAAGGACCGAUGAAAAUGAAAGAUGCAAAAAAUAGUCAAGAUGUUUAUUGUUAUUUAUUUACUGAUAUAUUUCUAAUAACAAAAGGUGGUAAACGAGCUGGAACGAUAAAUUCAUCAUCAUUAACAUCAUCAUCAUUAACAUCUAUAAGUAACGAUGGACAAUUCAAUCGAGGUGCACCAACAGCAGCAAAUAAAAUUCUUAAAUCACCUAUACGUAUUGAUCGAAUGGAUGUUCGAGAAUAUGAUAGACGUGGUAAUAGUAAUGAACCUAAUACUGCUUCAUUUGUUGCAAUAGUUUUUUCUGAAUAUAAUUUAAUUGAAUGUGGUUAUUUAUUUCAAACAAAUUUAAGUAAACAAUGGAUUGAAAAUAUUCGUUCAACCAAAACAAAUUUUCAAUUAUUGAUGGAAGAAUCAAAAAUGAAAUUACAAAAUGCACAUAAUCAUACAUUAAUAAAUUCAUCAUCAUCAUCAUCAACAACAACAACAAAUUCAAAUUCAAAUGCAUCUACGAUACAUCAAUCACUUCCAAGUCUAUCAUCAACAUCUGAAACAUUAUUAGAUUUAUCUACAGUUAAACAUAAUAGUGAUAAUUCAUCAAAUGAUGAACCUAUUAAUAAUAAUUCAAAUGAAUCUAUUCGACGUUCAUCAAAAGUUGAAUCCGAUGUAUUUAAAAUUGUUGAACAAGCACGUCGAAAUUCUCGUACUGAUCAUAAAAAUUAUGGACGAUAUUUUACAGCUGAUGGUACAGGUACACAUGGAACAAAUCCAUCAUCAUCAUCAUCAAUCAAUCCAUCAACAACGAAAUCAACACCAUCAACAGCAAUUAUUAAACGUAUGUCUUGGAAUAAUGAACCCAUGAAAACAAACGAUUCACCAACAAUACCAAAUAAUGAUCUAAGCAAUACAAAUUCAUUUCGUAGUGUACAUAGUUCAAGUGGUGUUAGUUCAACUGGAUCAUUUUUGUUUAGUGCCGAUGAAGAAUCAUUAACAACAACAACAACAUCAUCAUCCAUACCACCUAUUAUGUCAUCAAUAACAAAUAAAAAUGAUGAUUUAACAGAUGAACUUGAUGAAUUUGAUGGUAAAAGUUCAUCAUCAACUGUUAUUGGAACAGAUGAUUAUGAACAUUCAUCAAAUACUAUCUUACCACAUGAACAGAUUAUAUCUAUACCUGUAAAUUCACUUGAUUUAAUGAAUAGUGAUAUUAUUGAUAAUAUAAAUAGUCCACAUCUAGUCAGUAGACUAUCAUCAUCAAGUACAAAUACAAUAACAUCAUCAAAUGAACUUCCAUCAUCUGUUAAUACUCAUAUAUCAUCACCAGAAACAUCAUUACGUCGAACACCAUUUGCAAGUGUAAAAAAACGUAAUCAAACUCACACUCAUUAUCGUUCUGGUUUUGGUCAACAACAUCAAGCAUUUCGCCGACCUCGAGUUUUUGAUGAAAAUGAACUUCGUGCUUCAACACAUACUAUUGUUUAUGAUUCAUCAAAAGCAAGUAAUAAUAAUAAUUCUUCAGCAGCAAUUCCAAUUCGACGAACAAUUGCAUCAUCAUCUGAUGAUAAUAAUACAAUGGUAUCAUCACUUGGUGGAAGUGGAAAUGAAAGUGAUUAUGAUAAUAAUCAUUCAGUUAAUGAUUAUUCUAAUAUACCAAAAUAUUUACCAACAUUAUCAACACGACCAAUAAAAAUACCGGUGAAUGAUUUAAAUCAAUCUGAUGAAUUAACACGUACAGAUGAUCUUCUAUUGGGUGAUCAAAAUGAAAUUGUACUUACAAAUGAUUCAACAAUGAAUCAUAAUGACAAUGAUGAUCGUAAUAAUUAUAAAGAAACACAUGUUGAUCUAUCUGAUGACGAUGAUGAUAAUGAUACGACUACUAUUCAGUCAACAAUGACUAAUAAUAAUCAACAGUCAGAUAGUAAUAUAACAUCUUUGACAAAUCCUCUAUCCAAUCAUCGAAUUUCAACAAAAACAACUGAUAAUACAUCAUCGAAUGUUCAAGAAUAUCGUAAAGAUCCAUUAGCAGCAAGAAAAUUAUUUGAUAUUCGAAGUCAUUUAUUAUUAAAUACAACACUCGAUGCAACAGAAGUGUAA